CGGCCGCCGCCGCGGGCGCAGCGAGCGGAGACGCGCCGGGCCGAGGCGACCUGACCUGGACGAGCGGCGCGCGCGGGGGCCCAGGCGGGGGGCGGGAGGCAGCGCCGGGCAGCGCGGGCCGCCGGGCCGGGAGAAGCGGAGCCGAGAGGAGCUGGGGACACGGGCGGGGCCGCCGCAGCUCCGGAUGGGACCAGCGCCCGGGCCCGUUAGUCCAGGCAGGAGCUUCGGGAGAAGCCGUCCCUGGGAGAGUCAGCCCUGCCUUUCCCUCCCCUCCGGCCCAGGCCUCGCUUCGCUCCCUGCCUGCCCAUGUCCCAAUCCUUCCGCGGCGGGCGCCCUCCCACCUCAGCCCGGGGCUCCGGCUUCUCGCAGCUCUUUGCCCUCCCGGCCCGGUCAGCUGUGAGGUGCCCCCAGGCCGUUUCUUUGUACCAGCCUCCCCCAGGUCCCCACCCCAUCCCAGGCUUAGAUCCCCCCCUGCUCGGCUUGGGCUUGUCAGGCCACUUCACCCCUCACUGUCCUCAUCCCGGUCGCAGGCCCCCUCCUCGGUGCCUCCCUCCUUCUGCCACCCUGUCCUUAGUCCAUGGUCCCUGCUGUAGGCUGGUAGCCCACUCCUUCCCGGCCCAGGCUUCCCCCCAUCCCCUUCUUGCGGGGUCCCCAGCACUUUCUGUAUCCGGGUCGACUAAGCUUGCCCCCACUUCUCUUCUUGGCCCUCUUCCCCAGGCUCCAGGCUGGGUGGUGCUUGUGCCUGCCCAGUAGGCCAGAGCGGCCCCUGGUUCGGGGGGCCGUGGGUCAGCGGCGCUAUCCCCAUGGCACUGCCAUCACUGCUGUUGGUGGUGGCAGCCCUGGCAGGUGGGGUGCGUCCUCCGGGGGCGCGGAACCUGACGCUGGCGGUCGUGCUGCCAGAACACAACCUGAGCUAUGCCUGGGCCUGGCCACGGGUGGGUCCUGCUGUGGCACUGGCUGUGGAGGCACUGGGCCGGGCACUGCCCGUGGACCUGCGGUUUGUCAGCUCCGAACUAGAUGGCGCCUGCUCUGAGUACCUGGCACCACUGCGCGCUGUGGACCUCAAGCUGUACCAUGACCCCGACCUUCUGUUGGGCCCCGGUUGUGUGUACCCUGCUGCCUCUGUGGCUCGCUUUGCCUCACACUGGCACCUUCCCCUCCUGACUGCGGGUGCAGUGGCCUCUGGCUUUGCAGCUAAGAAUGAGCAUUAUCGUACCCUGGUUCGCACUGGCCCCUCUGCUCCCAAGCUGGGUGAGUUUGUAGUGACAUUGCACGGGCACUUCAACUGGACUGCUCGGGCUGCCUUGCUGUAUCUGGAUGCUCGCACAGAUGACCGGCCCCACUACUUCACCAUCGAGGGUGUCUUUGAGGCCCUGCAGGGAAGCAACCUCAGUGUGCAGCACCAGGUGUAUGCCCGAGAGCCAGGUGGCCCUGAGCAAGCCACCCACUUCAUCAGAGCCAACGGGCGCAUUGUGUAUAUCUGCGGCCCUCUGGAGAUGCUGCACGAGAUCCUGCUUCAGGCCCAGAGGGAGAACCUGACCAAUGGGGACUAUGUCUUCUUUUACCUUGAUGUCUUUGGGGAGAGUCUCCGAGCAGGCCCCACACGUGCAACAGGCCGGCCAUGGCAGGACAAUCGAACCCAGGAACAGGCCCAGGCCCUCAGAGAGGCCUUUCAGACUGUGUUGGUGAUCACAUACCGAGAACCCCCAAAUCCUGAGUAUCAGGAAUUCCAGAAUCGCCUGUUGAUCAGAGCCCGGGAAGACUUCGGUGUGGAGCUGGCCCCAUCCCUGAUGAACCUCAUCGCUGGCUGCUUCUAUGAUGGAAUCCUGCUAUAUGCCCAAGUCCUGAAUGAGACAAUACAGGAAGGAGGCACUCGGGAAGAUGGGCUUCGAAUUGUAGAGAAGAUGCAGGGACGAAGAUACCACGGUGUAACUGGACUGGUUGUCAUGGACAAGAACAAUGACCGAGAGACUGAUUUUGUCCUGUGGGCCAUGGGAGACUUGGAUUCUGGGGACUUCCAGCCCGCAGCCCACUACUCAGGAGCCGAGAAGCAGAUCUGGUGGACAGGCCGGCCUAUUCCCUGGGUGAAGGGGGCCCCACCCUUGGACAACCCCCCCUGUGCCUUUGACUUGGACGACCCUUCCUGUGAUAAAACUCCACUUUCCACUCUGGCGAUUGUGGCCCUGGGCACAGGUAUCACCUUCAUCAUGUUUGGUGUUUCCAGUUUCUUAAUUUUCCGUCCUUACAGAAAACUGAUGCUGGAGAAGGAACUGGCUAGUAUGCUGUGGCGCAUUCGCUGGGAAGAACUGCAGUUUGGCAACUCAGAUCGUUAUCAUAAAGGUGCAGGCAGCCGCCUAACACUGUCGCUGGGAAAUGUUGUUGCCAUCAAACAUGUGAAUAAGAAACGCAUUGAGCUGACCCGGCAAGUUCUGUUUGAACUCAAACACAUGAGAGAUGUUCAGUUCAACCAUCUUACUCGAUUCAUCGGAGCCUGUAUAGACCCUCCCAACAUUUGCAUCGUCACUGAGUAUUGUCCUCGUGGGAGCUUACAAGACAUUCUAGAAAAUGACAGCAUCAAUUUGGACUGGAUGUUUCGCUAUUCACUCAUUAAUGAUCUUGUGAAGGGCAUGGCCUUUCUCCACAACAGCAUUAUUGCAUCUCAUGGAAGUCUCAAGUCCUCCAAUUGUGUGGUGGAUAGUCGGUUUGUGCUCAAAAUAACAGAUUAUGGUCUGGCUAGCUUCCGAUCAACUGCGGAACCUGACGACAGCCAUGCCCUCUAUGCCAAGAAGCUGUGGACUGCCCCAGAACUGCUUAGUGGGAACUCCUUGCCAACCACAGGCAUGCAGAAGGCAGAUGUCUAUAGCUUUGCCAUCAUCCUACAGGAAAUAGCACUCCGCAGUGGUCCUUUCUACCUGGAAGGCUUGGAUCUCAGUCCCAAAGAGAUUGUCCAGAAGGUUCGAAAUGGCCAGAGGCCAUAUUUCCGGCCAAGCAUUGACCGGACACAACUGAAUGAAGAGUUAGUUUUGCUGAUGGAGAGAUGUUGGGCCCAGGACCCAGCAGAGCGUCCAGACUUUGGGCAGAUCAAGGGCUUCAUUCGCCGGUUUAACAAGGAAGGUGGUACGAGCAUAUUGGACAACCUGUUGCUGCGAAUGGAACAAUACGCCAAUAACCUGGAAAAGCUGGUGGAGGAGCGCACACAGGCCUAUCUAGAGGAGAAACGCAAAGCAGAGGCUCUGCUGUACCAAAUUCUACCCCAUUCUGUGGCAGAGCAGUUAAAACGGGGAGAGACUGUCCAGGCAGAGGCCUUUGACAGUGUUACCAUCUACUUCAGCGACAUCGUGGGCUUCACAGCACUGUCAGCUGAGAGCACCCCCAUGCAGGUGGUGACACUUCUUAAUGACCUUUAUACCUGCUUUGAUGCUAUAAUCGACAACUUUGAUGUCUACAAGGUGGAAACCAUUGGGGAUGCCUACAUGGUGGUAUCUGGCCUUCCAGGCCGAAACGGUCAGCGCCAUGCACCAGAAAUUGCUCGUAUGGCCCUAGCAUUGCUAGAUGCUGUUUCUUCCUUCCGCAUCCGACAUCGACCCCAUGACCAGCUGAGGUUACGUAUAGGUGUCCAUACUGGGCCUGUCUGUGCUGGGGUUGUUGGUCUGAAGAUGCCCCGGUACUGUCUUUUUGGGGACACGGUGAACACUGCUUCUCGAAUGGAGUCUAAUGGUCAAGCUCUAAAGAUCCAUGUCUCCUCGACCACCAAAGAUGCCCUGGAUGAGCUAGGAUGCUUCCAGCUGGAGCUCCGUGGGGAUGUGGAGAUGAAGGGAAAAGGAAAAAUGCGAACUUAUUGGCUCUUAGGAGAGCGAAAAGGACCCCCCGGACUCCUAUAAAACCCAAGCCAGACAAUCUCCUGCUGCUGGUACUUGGAUGGGCAAUGACCACCAUCUCUCCACACAACAAAAAGACAUUGUCACUUGAGAUGGAAAAACAUGCAUACACACACACACCCCAAAACAAAACCCUGCCUUAUAUGGAAGUCAUAGCCCUCUGCAGCUCAACCUUGUACAUAUACCUGCCUCUCCCUGGCUUCUUGUAAAUAUCUGUAUCUAGACCAGAAUAUUUUGUCAAGUAUAAAACAACAAUAACAACAAA